AUGUCUUUUACCGGAACACAGCAAAAAUGCAAGGCUUGUGGGAAGACUGUUUACCCAGUGGAGCUUUUGUCGGCUGAUGGUAUUGAUUAUCACAAAUCUUGCUUCAAGUGUAGCCAUUGCAAAGGUACCCUUAAGUUGAGCAAUUACUCAUCAAUGGAAGGUGUGCUCUACUGCAAGCCUCACUUUGAGCAACUCUUCAAGGAGAGUGGAAAUUUCAACAAAAACUUCCAAUCACCUGCAAAGACUGCUGAGAAGUUAUCUCCAAUGCUGACAAAGUCACCAAGCAAAGCUGCUGGCAUGUUUUCGGGGACUCAAGAGAAAUGUGCUACUUGUGGCAAAACUGCUUAUCCUCUCGAGAAGGUAACAGUGGAGAAUGAAUCAUACCACAAGUCUUGUUUCAAAUGCUCCCAUGGAGGCUGUUCUUUAUCUCCAUCAAACUAUGCAGCAUUGGAGGGGAUUUUGUAUUGCAAGCAUCAUUUCUCACAGCUCUUCAAGGAGAAGGGGAGCUACAAUCAUCUCAUCAAGUCUGCAUCCAUUAAGCGAGCAUCAGCAGCAUCAGCAGCAGCAGCAACAGCAGCUGCAGCUUCUAUCCCAGAAGUUUGAAGUUUGAAACACCUACAAAUUCAUCAUCUUCAUCUUCUUACCAUUUUCCAACAAAGUUUUCGGCUUGUUUUUUGCUUGUGUUUGUCUUUUAUUGAGUAAGCUUUCCUUUCGACUUAUUGACUUCCUUUUGUUUGAUUGGCUGGUUCCAUGGGUGCCCAUAUUUAUCUAAACUUACUACUUCCUCUGUACUUGAAAUUUAGUUGUGACUUAUUUCUCAUACGCUCAAAACUCUCCUUUUUCUUGCGUGUUUCUUAUGGUUUCAAAGAUAUAAUCAUGGAAAAGGGGUAUCCAACAC